GAAAGGUAGUCAGGGCGCUCAUAUGGAAGUGUGCCACUCUAUUUGGGAAAUGCGCGAGCAGGAAUCUUGCACUAGGAAACAGACGCUGGAUCUCCAGUGGCGUGUGGGGACGAUUAAAUCCUGCAGACUAUAAUUGCAAACACUGUUCACUCCACAAGGACCUGUUUCAAACAUUUUACCGGUGGUAUUCGCGAUACGGAUUGGAUGCAAUUAAGUGACGUGCCACCACCGAUAUCUUAUGAAACCAGACAGAUAUAAAUAUCGUGAAUAUGUUUAGCGGAUUUUCCGGAUUUAUUUAGUAGCUUUGAGAACGCAACGCACACUUUACUACCGACAAGGAAGGCGUUUUGUGGAAUUUAUGGUUGAAUUUCCAUAUUGACAUUACCAUUUGGAUGGACUACUGUUUGGAAUUGUCUACGAGUAGACUUGACUUGGCAUUCGAGAUGGGAUAUUUGACGUCACUGUUACAAAUAUUUGCCGCGGUCCAGUUGAGCCUUUUACCUGCACAGAGUUCUUCCUUGGUAAAUAUAAACAGCACUGCUAAAGUGAUGCUGUUUCAAGAGGUCUGGGGGAAAAGCUUCUGCCGCACUAUAGAGAAGCUAGUGGAAGUGGUUCAGGAGUACCCUGGGGAGGUGGAGCACAUUUUCAGCCCCGCCUGCGUGCCAUUGGUCCGCUGCGCUGGUUGCUGUGGAGAUGAGAAUCUGGAGUGUCACCCUACGCUCACUUCUAACACCACCAUGCAAUUAUUAAAGAUCAAGCCAGCGGAGCAGGGCCAGGAAUAUGUGGAGAUGACCUUUGUGGAGCACAAAGCCUGUGAAUGUAGACUAAGAAAACCUACAACAAAACAAGACAGAUUGAAACCCAGAAACAGAGGGAGAAAAAGGAAAGAGAAAAAGAGAGUGAAAGAUUGUGACAAGUGUCAGCCUCCCCGUAGGUAAGCGCUGCCUCGCCGUGAUGCCAGCCAAUUGCGCGCAUCCGCCCCCUUCUGUGCGACCCUCACCGUCAUCAUCAUUCACUUAUGGAUACUGCCACUGCUCUGCACCCCACCACCCCAGAUGCAGAGCUGUUAUGGUGAUGGGGCUUCUGAUAGCACACGGGGGGCCUUCCAGUCAUCUAUACAGGAAACUCCUGAUGUGCAGCUCUCUACAGAAGAAAAACAACAGAAGACCAAACAUAAAUCUGAGACUGACUUAAACCCUAAGGAUUUAUAUUAUUAUAAUAUAAUAAGAUGUUAUUUUAUUGUUUUAUAUUAGUAGUAGUGAAAGUAAUAAUAGUGGUAGUACUGGUUUAGCUGCCAGCUUUUCCAAGUCUUCCUUGUUUAUUUAUUAAAAUCCACUGAAGUAAAACUGGCGCAUUCUAUUAAUCAAUACAUUAACAAAGCCAUUAUGUAUUUGUUCAUAAACCCAGAAGGAGCCACAGAAUAUUAAAAAAUGUCAAAUGUCAUCUCUUUUGGUUGUAUAUUACUGCUAUGCUAAGACUAUUUUACACAUUAAUUAUGUGAAAACCAUGUUAGACGAUUUUUUCAUACAUAGUAUUUUCUGUUUAUGUUCUAAAGCUUCUCUGUGGGUUUAGCCAUCGACUUGAGCAUUGAAUUGACAUACUGACCUCUAGUGGUAAUAAUAAAAAUAAUCAUGUUCACAAAGUGUUUUUCAAAUAAUACUGAUCUGAAAGCCAUCCCGUUAUAAUAUAUAUAUCACUGUAAUAUUUCAACUUUGAAAAAAAACAAAAUAAAAGAUUUGAUGUGUGCACUGUGCAAGGACAAAGACUUUGCUCUGAAAGAGCCAGUCAACAAGAACCGAGACAGACGUUCAUCAUGAUAUGAGUGGAUGUUGGUGCUUUGUAUUAUUGUUUCGUCAAUGAAAAUGACUGAAUUUCCCACACUUUGGACUCAGGUCUAUAAAGUGCUGGAAUUAAACCAAAGAAGCAUUAUUAUCUAUGCUGCUGACUGAGUGUAGAGCCCUAAUACAAAUACAAGUUUUCACCAAAGGGCUAUUUAAUUCCCAAUGUAUAAAAUGUUGUAUGUUUUUCAAAAUUUUGUUAAUAUGUAUUAAUAUUAUACAACCCUAAGAGUACCUUUCAUAAUAGAGUGACUAUUGUUUGAUAUUUCUUAUUAUUAUUAAAAAUAUUUUGU